AUGGAAAGAGUGAAAGUGGCGGAACGUGGGUACAGCUUUUCGCUGACAACAUUCAGCCCAUCUGGAAAACUUGUCCAGAUUGAAUAUGCCUUGGCUGCUGUAGCUGGAGGAGCUCCUUCAGUGGGAAUUAAAGCUUCAAAUGGUGUGGUGUUAGCAACUGAAAAGAAACAGAAAUCCAUUCUGUAUGAUGAGCGAAGUGUACACAAAGUGGAACCAAUCACUAAGCAUAUUGGUUUGGUGUACAGUGGCAUGGGCCCAGAUUACAGAGUACUUGUACACAGAGCUCGGAAGCUAGCUCAGCAGUAUUAUCUUGUUUACCAAGAACCCAUUCCCACAGCACAGCUUGUUCAGAGGGUAGCUUCUGUGAUGCAAGAAUAUACCCAGUCAGGUGGUGUGCGUCCAUUUGGAGUUUCUCUACUUAUUUGUAGUUGGAAUGAAGGACGACCUUACUUAUUUCCGUCAGAUCCUUCUGGAGCUUAUUUUGCCUGGAAAGCGACAGCAAUGGGAAAGAACUAUGUGAAUGGAAAAACUUUCCUGGAGAAAAAAUAUAAUGAAGAUCUUGAACUUGAAGAUGCCAUCCAUACAGCCAUCUUAACUCUAAAGGAAAGCUUUGAGGGACAAAUGACAGAGGAUAACAUAGAAGUUGGAAUCUGCAAUGAAGCUGGAUUUAGGAGACUUACUCCAACAGAAGUUAAAGAUUACUUGGCUGCCAUAGCAUAA